UCAGAGCGUCACAAUAAAAAAAUAAACUUCAAUUUCAUAAACAUCGUUUACAGUUUGUUUCUCCUUUUUCAAAAAUCUGAAAAAGAAGAAGAAGAAGAAUGCAGAUUCGAGUGAAGUGCAAAUGCGGCGAAGGAAAAUGUCGAGAAUGGGCAGUGGUGGAAUUGCAAGGCGUGGUAGAAGCCCAGCCCGCUUUUCAAGAUCGACUCCAAAAUCUAGAAAUCGGGGUUCUCUGCCGACCUUCUUCUCAGCAAGUCUACACUUUCAAGGUCGGCUAUCACGAAUUGACUGGCUCCAAAGUUGCCUUGAAGAAGCCCAUCUUGGUGCUCCACAAAACCAAACACACUCACACUGAUGUUGGCACCCACACAAAUUCAUCCAACGUAGAAUUGCAAGUCAUUGGGAUCAUUCGUCAUCGGAUUCUGUUCAAAACCAGACCCAAGCCCCUGAUUUCCAAACCACAACUGGCGGUGAAGGAAAAGGCCAGUGCAACAGGUGCUGUUGCCUCAAACCAGACAGCAUGAAAUCGAUGUGGUGUAAUCUGGAAACUAGAGGCGCUUAAGCAUGCCAUAUUUGGCUUAUCUCAAUGUAUUUAUUUGCAAAUAAGUCAGCUUUUCAAAUAUGUCUUUGGUACUAUUCAUUUACAAUUCUGACUUCUGCAGGUUUUGAUGGCUACGUUUUAAUGCGUGUAAUUUUAGCAUUUACAGAUCGAACAAAACAAAGCUGGACCAUGACUAAGAA